AUGUCUGAGCAAAGGAGCCGUGGAGGGUCGUCCGAUCACCAGAGGAGGAUCCGCACUCGCAACCGCAACUACAACCGCACCGCCAGAGCCAACUUGUCUUUUUCUGUGAGCCACCUGGAGCGCCUCCUGCGGGAAGGCCACUAUGCCCAACGUCUCAGUUCAUCUGCACCUGUCUUCCUAGCAGCCAUCAUCCAGUACAUGACCGCCACCAUUCUGGAGCUGGCAGGCAACGAGGCCCAGAAGAGAGGCUGCAGGCGCAUCACUCCAGAGCUCCUGGACAUGGCGAUCCACAACAACGCACUGCUCAGCGGCUUCUUUAGGAGUACCACCAUAUCCCAAGUGGCCCCAGGCUGGCAGUAG